UUUUCGUCAUAGCGUCAUGGCCUCAUGGCGUCAUCGUACGCGAGUCGCGACUCGCGAAUGUCAACUGUUUCAACUUCAAGUUGGUGUGGGGUUUUGUUUUGUGCUUGUGAGGUACCAUCACUGGGUACCAUCGAGGUGUUGGUUUAAAAUGCUUCGUCUGCUGCGAUCACCGUAGCUUAUCGAUGCAUACUGUGACCACUGCCACCGAAGAUCAUCAUGCUGAGCGCGCGUCGAAACCUAGAAUGCGGACUCUUAUCCCCGACUGCGUUCCGCGCGGCCGAAACUUCGCGGCGACUUCAGAACCUCGAACUCAGUCGGUGUCAAGACCUCGAACAGUCGCACAGUUCGGGCGUCAACUGUCUCUCCCUGGACCCCGUCGAAGGAAGAUAUCUCUUGUCGGGAGGAGCCGACGGCGGUCUCUGUGUCCACGAUCUGUUUUCUGAAUACGAUCGAGUCAAGCGUACCAGUCGGGUCGUCUGCAAAUUAGACAGGAAUGAGGCCCACCGCUUUGCAGUGUCCACGGUGCAGUGGUACCCAUGCGACACGGGCCUCUUCACUUCCUCCGGCAUGGACUCGGAGCUGCGAGUGUGGGACGCCAACGCCCUCAAGGUGGCUGAGGUCCUUCGACUGGGUGCCAAGGUGUACAGCCACCAUCUGGAGGAGGCACAGCCCACAAUAGUUGCUUUGGGAACAGGACGACCUUGGGUCACCCUGGCCGACCUUCGAACCGGCAUCACAUGCCAGGAGCUGAGGGGACACUCAGGCAAAGUGCUAGCUGUGCGCUGGAGUCCAUCGGCUGCCGGCCUCUUGGCCACGGCCUCUCAGGACAACAAGGUGAUGCUCUGGGACAUUCGCUGUGCCAGAGGCGCCCUCGCGGCUUUGAAGGGCCACAGUGGCGCAGCCACUUCGCUAGCCUUCCUUCCAGAUGGCCUGGUGCUCUUUUCCCUCGGUGCUGACAAUCGUCUCAGAGCUUGGGACAUUGCGCGCCGUCGUGAACUUCACUUCUUUGGUGCCAUUGUGCCCAAUGAGAGGCCCGUGCAGAUGGCCAUAUCUUCCGAAGUGAUCUUGGUACCAUCAGGACGUCGUUUGCUUGCUAUGGACUUUCGUGAUGAUGGUGGCAUCAGUUCCCUAAAAGGGGCUCACUUCGGGCAAGCCAACUGUGUGCUGCUCUGUCCCUUGACCCUAGAAGCUUACAGUGGUGCAAUGGACCACACUAUCCUGUGCUGGACAGCAAAUCCUGACAAAGAGCGUGCCAUGGACGAUCACCAAGACGGACUGCCCGAUGCGUGGAGCAGUGACGAGGAAAUGUGAAAUAUCUUGUAAUACAAUGAGCAAUCAAAGCUUGA